CCAAUUCGCGCCUCAUGUCUAUUAAUAGACCGUCACGUGACUUGAUAGGUUAAUAUCAGUGGCCCUGACCUUACCAGGCAAACAUACCGGUUAACAAGAAUGGCUGCACGAAAUUCGACUCGCUUGUUUCAAACUCUGAGAAAGGGCUUUUCUGCCCAGUCAAGACAGAUAGCCACUCGCCCUUCGGCUGCCCGAAGGUAUGGCGCCUCUCUCGCUGUCGGUACGCUGGCAGCUGGUGUUGGUGGAUAUGGUCUGUACACGUAUCUGAAGCAGGCUGAUAUAUCCGAGGCCCUUCAAAGAGUCAUGCCGACAGUGUCAGCAGCUGGAAAACCCACAGCACAACCCAGUGUGUUUUCCCAGGGUAAGAACCACGCCCUGUAUCUCUGGAUUGAACUACAGCCUAAUGCCAAUGCCAAGGAAGUGGUCAAGGCAUGUAAAGAUCUCCAAAAGAUGGUGGAUCAGGUCACAGACCCAUCCAUGAAGGACGAGGAGGAUGAAAUCUGGGCUGGUGUAGGAUUCGGGACAACAUUCUUCAAACAGGCAGGAGGCAAAGUGAGACAGAACUACACAUAUGACCAUCGUCGAGGAACAAAUGGAGAAAUGCCCAGCUCACCUGGUGAUGUGUUUAUCCAUGCCAAGUGUAACACGCCAAGCAAACUGUUUGAGCUGGCCCAGGUUUUUAUGGCAUCCCUGCCAAAGGACAGCGUGAAGAACUUUGAGGACAUCUAUAGCUUUGUCUACAAGAACGGUCGUGACCUCUCGGGCUUCAUCGAUGGUACAGAGAAUGCCGCUGAUGAUGAGAACAGAGAGAAAAUUGCUGUGGAGAAAGAGUCGGGCGGAAGUUAUGUGAUUACCCAGAAAUGGAUCCAUGACCUCAAGCUGAUUGGCUCUGAAAAAACCCGGACAAUGGAGGGUUGGGUGGGACGUGCCCAUAGUGAUUCCACCGAGAUCUCCCGCAAGUCUAUCACUUCUCACGUGGCCAGGAUGACUGGAGGUAAUGGUUUCAAUCAGCCCAAACCAUUUGAGAUUGUGCGCCAGUCUAUGCCUUUCGGUACUCUUAAAGACGGUGCCGGCCUCUUCUUCAUUGGCUACUCCGCGUCCCCUGACAACCUUAACUUCAUGCUUGACAACAUGGUCGGGGCGGGACGGGAUGGACCCCAUUGUGAUGACAUCAUGCGACUGACAAAGAACACCAAGGGAACAUACUGGUACUUCCCAGGUGCGGAAGAACUUGCCAAGCUUGGAUAAAACAGUCAAAUCUUGGGAUGUGUGUAAACCAGUCUGAGGAAUACUUUGAAAUCUUUUCAUUUUGUAAGGUCUAAUUUUUGGAGUGGACUUUUUACAUUUUAAUAGAUUGAUUUCCAUUGCCAAAAGGAAUGUAACUUUUGAAUUCUAAAUAAAUCUUGGAAAUUAAGAUCAUGCAAAAUGUCUACUUCAGUUUUCAAUAAGAACUGCUAUCACUGAAGGAAACAAGCGAUGGCUGUACUGGUUAUGGUUCUUUGUUAAAGGCUAAAAGAUUUAAUUAUGGAUGUGUGUAUUUUGUAGUUAUUACUUAUGUGUAUAUAACCAAAAACAUUAUCCUGUUACACAAAGGGAUAAGUGUGCAUGUCUUAUAGGUUGUUUUUGAUUAUCAGAGUUUAUUUUUUUCUAUUUUUGUACAAAUUUUACAAACUUCAAUGCAAGGAUCAUGUUAAUUUAAUUACAGUUCUUGUGUUUAAGUUAUGUGACCACUCUACCGCAAAUACAUUUAUGCAGUAUCUUUUUUUAAAAUAAACUUUUAUUAUGUCAUUAUCAAUAUCAGAAUAAGUAAAGUGCCAGUAUUUAAUUGAUAGAAACCUGUUUAGUUUUAUUUAAAUUCAGCAUUAGUGUAAUUUAGUAUGGAACUGUACAUGUAUGUAUAUUUUGUGUAAUUCUUGACAAAGUCAAGUCUUAGUUGUCUUCUCUUGCUUUGAAUUAAAAAUAAUACCGCUUAAAACUUGUUCAGACUUUUGUAACAAAACUAAAUGUGUAAAAAUCGUUUAAUCCAGAAUUUAUAAGCUUCAAGAUUGUGUGAGUUACAAGUGUGCUAAAUUACAUGUAUAUGUAGUAUAAAAUGAUAAUAAAAGUUGAAAACACCCAA